AAUGGCCCAAUCAGACACUGGUAUGAAACAAACCACGAGCCGAGAGUUUUUACACAACAGGGGAAGAAUCCUAUUGUCAGCAGUGUAAUGUGCCAGUAAAUUAGUGGCGUAUGAUCUUGUUAUGAUACUUUCAAUAGCGCGUAGUGAAGUAUUUUCUGUUACAGUUUAUCUGUCGAUUUGAAGAAGGGAAAUUGAGCAUUACAUAGAGGUCUGAGUAAACAGCAAUGAGUGACCCUCACCCAACAUCAUUUGCAUCUGUUGAAGAGGAGAGGGACUACUGGAGGGAGCAAAGUGCCAAAUACCAUCAGAGGGCUGAAGAGGCACAGGAGGAGCUGCAGGAGUUUCAGCAGAUGAGUCGAGACUAUGAGGUGGAGCUGGAAACUGAACUGAAGCAGUGUGAGGCUCGUAACCGCGAGCUGCUGUCAGCCAACAACAGGCUACGCAUGGAGUUAGAAAACUACAAGGAGAAGUAUGAAACACAGCACUCUGAGGCAGUCAGACAGAUUUCAACUUUGGAAGGUGAUCUGGCAGAGACCACAGCCAUCAAAGACCAACUGCACAAAUAUAUCCGGGAGUUGGAGCAGGCCAAUGAUGACCUGGAAAGAGCUAAGAGGGCCACUAUAAUGUCACUGGAGGACUUUGAGCAAAGAAUGAAUCACGUCAUAGAGCGAAAUGCCUUCCUCGAGAGUGAGCUUGACGAAAAGGAGAAUCUUUUAGAAUCAGUACAGAGGUUAAAGGAUGAAGCUAGAGAUUUAAGACAGGAGCUGGCUGUUCAGCAGAAACAAGAGCGAAAACCAUCAAUCAGCCUCUCAAAAGAGAAAGAAAAGUCAGAAGCCACACCCUCAAGACCAUCCUCUGCUGUUAACUCCGCCCUCCCGUCACUCCUCGCCACGCCUUGCAGGCCUCCAGGCUUAGGGAGUGCAUUCAACACCCCGUCAGCUUCAUACGGCAGAAUUGAAGGUCUGUCUGGAACUCCUCUUACCACAUCUGCACGGAUAUCUGCUCUUAACAUCGUUGGAGAGUUGUUGAGGAAAGUUGGGAACCUUGAAUCCAAGCUGGCAUCAUGUCGAGAGUUAAACGUGCGUGAGAAAACACCCAGCUGUGCAGCAAAUGGUCAGAACAAACAAAGUAUUUCAAGAGACACUUCAGAAAACCCAUCGAACACAAAUGGCCUCUAUGAUAAAGGGAUGGUGAAACGGUUGGACUUCGGAACAGGUUCCAAGAUAAUGCUGUGAAUAAAGCGUUAUCUGCUCCCACAUAAGUGUGUCUUUCAUUCCCAUAUUAUUGGGAAGAACAGUAUUUCGAAUUCUUAAUGUCACAAUGCUUUAUCCAGGAGCCGAAGCAUAUCUCAUUCCCUUUAAGUCUUUCGUGUUCCUCUGAAGGGUCAUAUCAACACCCUUUAUUGUGUCUGUUAUUAUAUAACUGUUCACCAGCUCUUUCUGGGCUGUGGGAUGACUGUUCUACUCGUUUUAUUAUUUUCAUAUAUUGAUUUCAUAUGUACUAACCCUUAAUAUGUCGCAUAGUUGUUUGUGUUGUUUUUAGGUGUCUAGCAAAAUAGCAUAGUUUUAAAAUGUAUCAUCUGCACUCUGAUCCUAAGAUGAUUUGCUCUUUUUGCAAAUAUAAAAUGGGAGAUGAUUUCAGGUGACUGAUAAAGUCCAUGAAAUUAUACCUGCAAUCCCAUUUUAUUUGGCACUGAACUACUGAACUACCGCACAAGCUCCUUAUUGGUCAAAGGACUGAAUUUAUUUUUAAUGCAGAUAUACUUUUAUUUUAUUUUAUUUUUGUAGAAACUAGCUUUUUUAAUGAAAAUUUGUAGGAUUUUGUUACUAACUGAUGUUAUGUCUUUAGUGGUUAAAAUAUUACAAGGGGUUGAGGUGAGCUGUUGUGGACCGAAGCUGCUGUUUAUUUUUAUUUUUUGUUGCCCUCAUGGGUUUAAUGUAACCAACAAAACAAAUGUGUGUGCAUGAUGAAAAUUCUCACUCUGGGGCCUUUGUACAAUUCUAGUAAUAACUCAUGCAAAUUUAGAAACUUUAUUUGCAUCGUCAGUGCCAUCUUUGAUUUCAAAGGUUGUAUUUGCCGAACUGGAGUAGUCGCUGUCAUACCAUGCGCUAAAAAUGAAUGUGCCUUAUUUUUGUGGCCGUAUUGAGCUGAAAGUUAACUUGGGUAUUGGGAAAUUUACUCGCCCAGAGGGAGUUGCAGCUUCUCUCGCUAUACCCAAUAUGAAUAAAUUCUCUGAUAUGUCAGGGAUGACAGAGAAACUGAAUUCUAAGUGGAGUUUGUUCCAUUUGGUUUUCACAUUUCUCUCGUGCUAGAAUUAGUCAAGAAUGAAACAAUAUUAAUACUUCAGUGAAGGGUACAAAUAUUUUUAUGUUAAAAAUAUGUUUUCCAUUUGCAUAGAGGUACUAAUAUAGAUCAUGUGGG